AUGCCGUCCCCAGAGUAUCCAAUGGAGGAGGGCGAGAUAUUACUCACCACUUGGCACGAGCGUCGUGGUUCUUCACGCGAGGAUGAAACUUACCCAAACCAACAGCUACUGCCUUUAUCGGCCCACUUUGCGACAGACGGCCCGCAUAGUACGACACCCGGAGCUAGACAAUAUACUCCAGUACCCGAUGGACCAUCUGGAAACGACGAUAUGGAUACUGACGAGAUUCAUGAUGACGGUGAUGAUGGCCGUAACGCCAAUGUGGCAGGUACAGACCGAGAAAUGCUUACGUACCGUCCUGGCCGGUACGAUACACUUCCGGGAGAACGACCUGGUUUUCGUCAAGCUCGUCGUGCCUACAGACCAUGGUCGCUCCGACGAGAUUCUCUUCUCGGCUUUUCGGUGAUUUUGUUGGGUAUGAUCGCAACUCUCGAGUACUUGCUCGUGUUCUCAUGGAAGGACGAAAAGUUGGCCACAUCGUACGAAAAUGAGCGCUAUCUCUGGAAAUACGGUCCAACUGCUGGCGAGUAUCAGACCGCCAGCGAGCAACCCGUCUUCACCAUCCUAGCGGUCUACUGGGGGAACUUGGAAUACCGCGUCAGAAUUCUCGUCCCAUGGAAACUAAUGUCAGACAAGCCCCAGCCCGCGGAGCAAAGUGUGCUGCUCGACUAUGUAUCACCCAUGCAGCCUGUUGUUCUCUUUUCGUCUGCCCGAGCGAAACACUGGCCGGUCCUCACAGCUGCUAUCGGGUCCAUCUUGAUCACUGCAUUGACCGUUAUAUCCACAUCUCUGUUCGCGGUCGAGCCGAUACUGUUCACGCAGUACGCGUCAAUGGCAUUAUCGAGUCGCAUCAAUAACACUUUGUUUGAUCAGAAUCUCAUAGACUCGUCACCGGUCCUAUCAGCAAUGACCCUCUUAUCUGGGAAUUUAUCUAUGGCGUAUCCACUGGGUACCAACCAGCAAUACGCCACCGACAUGUUCGGAUCUGACGAAGCAAACGGUACACUGUCGGCCAGAACUGCAACAGUAAAGGUCGCCACCUCGAGCCUGGAAUGUCUUCGCGGACAUAUCGUCGGCCAAUCUCAGUUUGAUCCGGAACAUAGUUUUUUACAAGUCAACGUCUCGGACAGCUCAUGUGAUAGUGGUCAACUGAAUGUGACCGUCGACCAAAGCAACAUUACGACAAGCUUAUUCCAGACUACUGUCUCAUGUCCGGGUGAUGUCACUCAGAUGGUCCUGGGAUUUGCUAGGGUCAAGAUCCCGCCCUACUCUGGCACCAACCAAGGCUGGGAUGAGGUGAUCAAUGACAACCCUCGCAUCCUGAAUGACUCUGCGAUACUCAACUCGACAAUACUCUUCUGCAAGCCAACAUACAGCUUUGAGGACGCCGACGUCACUUUGGAUUCCACAGGCAUUAUAAGUAUAGCGAAGCCAAAAACGCUGUUGACUCCGACAACUCGGCCGGAUCCCUUACAAACAGUCAUGUCCGCACGUAAGAUGAUCGAUGGCUUUCAGAAAGCGCUUAUAGAUGCAAAAGUGUCUGUCAAUGGUCCCGAUGCCGACUUCGGUGUACUACUGUCCGCGUUGCAAGCCAUAUCGCCAAGUCGAGAGAUAAACCGCUAUGAAGACUCUUCACAUCUCGAGACCGAUACGAGAGAGCUCUAUAGUGCGGCUUGUGCUCAGAUCGUCCACCAGUACAUGAGGACGGCUGCCUCAGACAAGCUGACGGGCGCAAUAGUGUCUACAAACUCACGCCUGGUGCUGAACCGGACCUCCCUCCACCUUUUGGAAGCUGGGUUGGCGUUACUGAUUUUCUCUACGUUUCUCAUGAGUUUGAUUCGACCAUCGGUCGUUGGCCUGGGUGGACUCCCUACGCUUGGGCGCUUGUCAGGCAUACUGGCUAGAUCUGACACCCUUGAGACUGCCUUGAAAGAUUCCGGAGUCCAAAGCACCGAGGCCAUGACAAAACGACUUGCUUCCGGGCUGUACACCUUCGAUCAUUCGACAAACCUGGCUGUACCUCAAAUAAACGUUCGAGGGUUGUCCUCAGUAGCCAAGGACACGAUGGUGGAAGGACAAACUGCGCCCAAAUGGUGGGUACCCUUUGCACUUGGAAAAUUCACGCGGUGCGCUAUCACCGCUCUGCCACUUCUACUCAUUGUCGCUCUUGAGAUAAGCUAUCACCUCUCUCAGCGACCUCAGGGCUUGGGAUCUGUUCAGAAAAACUCGAGAUAUGAGCACUAUCUCUGGACUCUUUUGCCUGGCUCAAUCAUGACAACUUUGAAGUUGCUGCAGCAGUCUCUAACGUUUUCGGUUGAGCUCCUGGACCCGUUCUUGGUGCUGAAGAAAGGUUCUGCUGCUGCGGAAAACACGCUACUGAGCGGUUUCCUGUCAUGCAAUGCACUACAAGCUUGCUUCAAAGGUUUUAGAACACGGCGCUUCGCUGUCUUCAGCAUUGCCUUUAGUACUCUUCUGACUCCAUUUCUCACCAUUGUGAUCAGCGGCCUGUUCAUGACUCUUCCUAUUGAGACUCUUGAGCCAAUCAACGUGGCGCAAUUAGACCAUCUCUUGUCUCCGAGUGAGACAAAUGUGUCUUCCUGCGCGGCUCAGUGGUCCCCUGAUCGAUUGAUCGCCGCUAACCUUCUCAUCAAAGAAUUGAUCCCGUACCCGAGCGAUACUCGUGGCAACUUACUUUUUCCGUCUUUGGGUUUACCUACCAAUGAAUCUACCAGCCUGCGCAAUGCGUCCACUCUGAUGGCAAACGUCACAGCGCUGCGGCCGAACUUUAUCUGUAAGCCUCUUGAACCUUCAGGAUUUCAAUUCCAUAUAGGCACACAUGUCCUGAACGGAUUGGACUGGGUAGCUCGCAACUAUACAACCAUCACUUAUACUCACGAGAAGUUUAGAGGCUGUUCUUGCAACUCUGGGUUUCCCAGCCUAUCGAAAAACUUCACCAUGUAUAAUGAACCUGGCGGACAGCCAUUUGCUAUUUACGAGUACAACCCAGCUUGGAGCUGUAAAGACUACAAUUUUUGGUCAGGCCCAGCUCUAUUGAUGCAGGCUGAUAACCACACGACGGCCACCUGUCCGGAUAUCACACUUGUGCACACGAACACCACGGCGCAACCGCCGACGAUGAUUGGAGUCGCUUGCCAGUAUCAUAUUGAGGAGUUGCCUGUGGGUCUGGCAUACAACCUUGCACAAGAUGUACCAAGCGAUGUACAACCAAUUGGAGAAGCGAAGACAUUGGAAGGGUUCGAUAAGCUAUGCUUCAGGUCCGCAACAAACUUUGGCCAAAAACUUCACCUCAACAGUCUGACUGGUUACACCUACGAUAGUCUGAUGCUAGCUGCGCUGAAUGGAAGUGACCCUAAGACCAUGCUCACUUCUGAGAAGCUACCCACACUGGUGGAAAACGUGGCUCAAAUCUGCAACACAUUCACGACUCAAUACUUCAGCGGUAAUCUACGAAGUAAAUUCGCCGUAGGCCCGAUGAUCAAUGCUACGCUUUCAGACCCCUUCGCUCGAGAGAUUGUUUCUCAGGACCGCACGUCGACCACGGUUCUCGAGGUCGUACUCGGGAUGAUAUUCAUCUGCACGGUCAUAUCGCUCUGGCUCUUUGAAUCCGAUCAAUUAGUCCCGAGCGACCCAUGCAGUAUAGCCGCCCAGACAAGUCUGCUCGCCGGCGCUGACUUCUUGCGUCUCAUAGAUUCUGGGUCAGAAUCGCUUAGCAACACCAAGAUGGCGCAGACUACACCUUUCAAAGAUCACCUGUUCAGCAUGGGCUGGUGGACGCGAGAAGAUGGAACUAGAAGGUUUGGCAUCGAUAUCGGACAGGCAGAGCUUGAAGAGCAAGAGAACAGCGAACAGAUGGUGGGCGUAGCAGCAGAUGUUGAACGAGGGACAUCUGGCGAAAGUAGAAUGAGUCAGGAACAGCAACAGGGUCGGGAUCCUCAAACAGGAGUAGAGACUGAUACUGUGACUGAAUAG